GGAGCGGGGCACCCCAUGAAGCCGCAUCGCCUGGCGCUCACCCACAGCCUGGUCCUGCACUACGGGCUCUACAAGAAGAUGAUUGUUUUCAAACCGUACCAGGCGUCCCAGCACGACAUGUGCCGCUUCCACUCCGAGGACUACAUCGACUUCCUGCAGAGGGUGAGCCCCAACAACAUGCAGGGCUUCACCAAGAGCCUCAACGCCUUCAACGUGGGCGACGACUGCCCAGUGUUUCCAGGCCUCUUUGAGUUUUGCUCUCGCUAUACUGGGGCCUCCCUGCAGGGAGCAACUCAACUGAACAACAAGAUCUGUGAUAUUGCAAUAAACUGGGCAGGGGGCCUGCACCACGCCAAAAAGUUUGAGGCUUCUGGGUUUUGUUACGUCAAUGACAUCGUGAUUGGCAUCCUGGAGCUGCUCAAGUACCACCCACGUGUCCUGUACAUUGACAUCGACAUCCACCACGGAGAUGGUGUCCAGGAGGCUUUCUACCUCACUGACCGUGUCAUGACCGUGUCCUUCCAUAAGUAUGGGAACUACUUCUUCCCUGGCACAGGUGACAUGUACGAGGUUGGUGCUGAGAGUGGUCGUUACUACUGCCUCAACGUGCCUCUGCGGGACGGCAUCGACGACCAGAGUUACAAACACCUCUUCCAGCCAGUCAUUAACCAGGUAGUAGAUUACUACCAGCCCACCUGCAUCGUCCUGCAGUGUGGCGCCGAUUCCCUGGGCUGCGACCGCCUCGGGUGUUUCAACCUCAGCAUAAGAGGCCACGGGGAGUGCGUGGAGUACGUGAAGAGCUUCAACAUCCCCUUGCUGGUACUGGGAGGAGGUGGCUACACAGUCCGCAAUGUGGCACGCUGCUGGACUUACGAAACGUCGUUGCUCGUAGAUGAAGCGAUAAGUGAAGAGCUCCCUUACAGUGAGUACUUCGAAUACUUUGCUCCAGACUUCACCCUUCAUCCUGAUGUCAGCACAAGGAUUGAAAAUCAGAACUCCAGGCAGUACCUGGAUCAGAUCAGACAGACGAUAUUUGAGAACCUGAAGAUGCUGAACCACGCUCCCAGCGUGCAGAUCCACGACGUCCCUUCCGACCUGCUCAGCUACGACCGCACGGAUGAGCCCGAUCCCGAGGAGAGGGGCUCCGAGGAGAACUACAGCAGGCCUGAAGCUACCAACGAGUUUUAUGACGGUGACCACGAUAACGACAAAGAGAGUGACGUUGAGAUCUGA